GUCGACCUUCUCAAAAUGGCGGCGACGGCAGGACGAAUCAGAACAGGAAACGGGCCCGCAGUUGCGCCUGCGCACUGCUCCACUCCGGGUCCCUGUAAAGAUGUCUGAGCAGGCGGGGAGGGAGCGGAGCGGAGGACCCGACACUAACGGACAGAACCUACAGCUCUCCGCAAUUACUACGGUCAAGGCAGGUCCAUGUCAUUCUGACGAGCAGCUGACAUGUCCAAUGACAGCCAGGGAUCUGUGAAGGGGGAGGCAGCAAUGAUGCUGCCUCCCUCUGGCUCCACCUCCACCCAAGGACCACCCCUUUCUCCGUCCACGACAUCCAAACCACCAGAGCUGCCAGAUGAGCUGGUGCAGGCUGGUUGGGCAAAGUGCUGGUCUCGACGAGAGAACCGGCCAUACUACUUCAACAGAUUCACAAAUCAGAGCCUCUGGGAGGUGCCAGUGUUGGGUCAGCAUGAUGUCAUUUCUGAUCCUCUGGGUCUAAAUGCAGCACCUGCUGAGGGUGGAGACAGUAACCUUGGUAAUGGUGGUCAAAGGAAGAGGCAGAGCUCAGAAGAGCAGGGGGCGGGUCCUAACAGCUUCAAAAGAGCAAAGGUGGAGCCGACCACACCCAUCUCUCCCAGCACGCCUGGAGGAAAACCCUGGAGCGCUGCCCCUGAAGAAAAACAGACACCAGCCACUCCCACGACCCCCAGCCCUGCCCCCGUUCCCUACAGACCAGCUGUUGUUUACUGGGAUCUGGACAUUCAGACUAACGCUGUGAUCAGAGAGCGUCGCCCAGCCAACCAUCUGCCCCCCCACCCUGAGAUCGAACUCCAGAGAGCUCAGCUGGUCACCAAACUGAGGCAACACUACCAUGAACUCUGCCAUCAAAGAGAAGGUAUUGAUCCACCCCGGGAGUCAUUUAACCGCUGGCUGCUUGAGAGAAAAGUCAUUGAUAAAGGUCAUGACCCCUUACUGCCCAGCGACUGUGACCCAGUGAUCUCUCCGUCUAUGUUCAGAGAGGUCAUGAAUGAUAUUCCCAUCAGGUUGUCGCGUAUUAAAUACAAAGAAGAGGCCAGGAAGCUGCUGUUUAAAUAUGCAGAAGCGGCCAAGAAAAUGAUCGACUCCAGGAAUGCAAGUCCAGAGAGCAGGAAGGUGGUUAAGUGGAACGCUGAAGAUACAAUGAGCUGGCUACGCCGAGAUCACUCUGCAAGCAAAGAAGACUACAUGGACCGUCUGGAACACUUAAGGCAGCAGUGUGGACCUCAUGUUGCUGCUGUUGCUAAAGACUCUGUGGAGGGAAUCUGCUCAAAGAUCUACCAGCUGUCAGCAGAGUACAGCCGCCGUCUGAGACAGACUCACCUGAGUCUACUGCAAGACCCACCCACAGAAGCGUGUGCAUCGCCGCCACAAUCUCGUCUGGUGUACUGUUACCCAGUGCGUCUGACACUUCCAUCACCGCCCCUCCCACGUGUUGAGCUGCACUUUGAGAACGACAUGGCCUGUCUGCGCUUCAGAGGGGAGAUGGUUAAGGUCAACAGAGGUCACUUCAGCAAACUGGAGCUGUUGUAUAGAUACAGCUGUAUUGAUGACCCUCGCUUUGAGAAGUUCCUGUCCAGAGUCUGGUGUCUCCUGAAGAGAUAUCAGGUUAUGUUUGGCAGUGGAGCUAAUGAGGGGACGGGCCUGCAAGGGGCGCUGCCGGUACCUGUGUUCGAGGCCUUAAACCGACAGUUUGGUGUUUCGUUUGAGUGUUUUGCUUCACCGCUCAACUGCUACUUCAAACAGUUCUGCUCAGCAUUCCCUGACAUCGAUGGCUUCUUUGGAUCCAGAGGGCCAUUCCUGUCAUUCGGUCCAGUCAGCGGCUCGUUUGAGGCCAAUCCUCCGUUCUGUGAAGAGCUGAUGGAUGCGAUGGUGACGCAUUUUGAGGACCUCUUGGACCACUCUACAGAACCUCUGUCCUUCAUUGUGUUCGUCCCUGAGUGGCGUGAUCCUGUAACUCCAGCUCUGACUCGAAUGGAGGGAAGUCGCUUCUUGCGUCAUCAGAUGAGCGUCCCAGCCUAUGAGCAUGAGUAUCGCUCCGGGAGUCAGCACAUCUGCAAGAGGGAGGACAUGUACUACCGGGCUGUGCAUGGUACUGCAGUUCUCUUCCUUCAAAAUGAGGCUGGUUUUGCUAAGUGGGGUCCGACUCCAGAGCGUCUGGCAGAGCUAACAGCAGCUUAUCGCCCCUCAUCCUCACGCUCUUCCUCCUUAUCUUCUCCUGGCCCCGCCCAUGUUGCACCUGCAGACAGAGACUCUGUUCCAAAGGUAACCGACAGAACACAGAGCACUGUGAUGUCACCCGGCAGCCAUGACAACAACAACAACAACAACAACAGCAGCAGCAGCAACAACAACAACAACAACAACAACAACAACAACAACAGCAGCAGCAGCAGCAGCAGCAGUAGCAGCAGCAGCAGUAGUAGUAGUACCAGUCCAGGAGACAAGCUGUCUGCAGUAUAGAGUGGGUGGGGCUUCCACUGUGGCCACACCCCUCACCUUUUGGACUCCUGUUUCAUGUUCCCCUGUUUGAUCUGUAUUUGUCUUGUCUGUUCAGAUUGUCCCUCACCAGCACCUGUAGCACGUCUGUCACUAGCUGAUCUGUUCUUGAAACUCGAUCUGAAGAUACUACUUCCUGUCCCCAGUAUUUGAAAUGAUUUACGGCAGUUUUUUUCUAUUUUGGUUUUAGUAGUAAUCAAGCAGAAGAUUCCAUUUUUAUCAAAUCCAAAUAAGCAGUCAAACUUGCGAACAUUGGCAUGUGAGCUAAAUUUAGACAAGGUAAUGUAAGGUAAGCAGUUAAUGUUAACUGAAAAGCUAUUAGUUUGCUGUUGCAAACUAAUGUAUACUAUUUAAACAACUUGAAUAUUGAAAUAGACAUCAUCGGGGGCUUGUAAAGUUAUAACAUAUUACAUAUGAAGUACCAGACAGUCCACUAAGUAAAAGACAGGUGUUCAGCUGUGCUUAGGUGCUAGCUAAGGCUAGCUAAAUUUGGCUCAGUACUUGUUGUCAGUUGGUUUAGCUUGUGGAGUUUAGGAAAACAGUUGCAUCCUGAGCCUCAGUGUACUUAGUUUCUAAAUACAAAGCAACCAAACUACUGUUUGAUUAACACCGUAUAUUAGACACUUUACAAGAGUGAAUUUAUUUAAUCAGAAAUGAUAUGAAUCUUCUGAUUCAUCACCACUAAAACCAAAGCCAACAUUAAUCUAUGUUUAAUUGGGUUUCUAUUUGGAUCAUUAGUGACAACGCACUCUGCUUUAUCAGCUUAAAUGUAACGCCGCUCUGCUGCUGCUGCCAGCAGGGGGUGGAGUCUGCGUAAUCCUGCUCAUAAUUGCUGUUCUGAUUGGUCAAAGCGCUGACAUCAUGUCAGAUGAUUUGCCUGUGGCUUAUGGCCAUGAAAAUGCUGACAGAAAACCCUCUCUCAUUGAUGUGAUGUCACCUGUGAUGUCACACCGACAGGCUCUGUGAUUGGUCAACAUGGCAGCUAUAGUUUCUACUGGACUUGUCUCGCUGCGUCCACCUCAGUCCCUGCCCCCUCUGGCUCUGCCCAGCUGUCCCACUGUGGAUAGUGGGAAACACAGUUGUGAUUGUGCUGAAGGAGGUGGGGUCAGAGAAAGGAGGCGGAGCUUCAGUCUGUGGUCAGAUUCAGACAUCACAGUGACAGACGCUGUUUAACAUGAGAUUAUUGAUCAGUCAUACUGAUCAGCUCCUCUUUCCUGCUGAUCGAUAACUGAGUGAUUGAUUGGACUGUUCUCAGACCUCAGCCGUUGGAGCAGGUGUGAGUUUGGCAUCAACUGAACAUCAUCAGUUUGUCCACCGGAGGGCGUAGGUGAGUAGUCAUUUCAACACAGGGAUUGUGAUUUGGUGAAGACGUAGAAGAAAUUAUGAAAACAAUCUUAGAUAAAUCAGUUGAAGCAGUAGUAAGACUGCAUUAAAUCAUCUUUGUUAUCACACAUUUAUUUCUGAAAGCACCAAACUCAAAGCAUCAGUUUUUGCUAUAAUUAUAAUUCAAUUAAAAUACUGUUACUUUUUUUUUUGUGUUUUUUAUUUAGAAAAUAUUUAGCAGUUUUUACACUGCUUGAUUAAACAUUCUGAGAACAUUCUUAACUGAAGCUGUGUUCUGUUCUAAUAACAUUUUCAUAAUAAGUAUAAUACAAAGAUGUGAUAAAUUGAAUUGUAUUUACAUGCAGAAGGCAGUUUCACCAUUUAUAUAAUCAGAUAAAUGUUAAAAUUUGCUGUAUUUAUGAAGGUGUUGUUCUUUAUCAUAAAAUGGUGGCUCCUAUGUAAACAUUGCCCUCAGAUUAUUUUCAUUUUGGUGCCGAUGGUAAAUGUUCAUCAGCAGAUUGUAAUUGCAGUAGAGAAUAAAGUUAUCUGACAGUGCAGAUUUAUUUUAAAUGGUCAGACACUUUACAUGAAUUAAACAAGUCGAUGCAACGAAGAAUAGACAACAUUAAGCAUUUUGUUCUCAAAGGGUUAAUAAUAUCCUCUUAAAAUAAGACUUAAUUGGCUUUAACAUAAUGCUUACUCAUUAAUUUCAACAUUUAAUAUUUCUCUAAAAAUGAUUAGACUUUAAUGAUAUGAUAAGUACAAUAAUGACAUUUUAGUUCGGUUUUUACCUUUGAACUUUGACUUUAAAAGAAAAUAUUUACUCUUCUGUUUCACAGUUGAACAUACAAACUAAUAAUUAUAAUACUAUCCCUGACACUACAUAUUUUAGAGAAGAACUUUUUGAGAAGUAGCUUCACAAAAUGGUGUCUCCCCACACCGGUUCAUCACGGCUGAGUGUCUGUGUCCUGAUUGGCUGAGUGACGGUCCAGUCAGGCGUCUAUCUCUGUGCUGCUGCUGGUUCUGGCUUUGGCUGUGUAGAUACUGUACAGUCUGUCUGUUCUCUUCAUCUGAUGGAAAAACACCAACUGAACUGUUUUUGAGUUAAUUUAACAUUUUUACUGAGAUGGAGAUGUUUUGUGUAUUAUACAGUUUAUGAUAGUUUGUUUUAAACUAAACCAAAGUGUUAUUAAGAAAUUCUAUAUCUUGUAUGUAAAAGUAGACCUGUGUAUGCUAAUGCUAACCAGCAGAAUACUCCUCCAUGUUAUUUUUAUAAUUAUCAGUUUUUCUGGGUUUUUUUGUUUGUUUGUUUUUUUGUUUUGUUUUUUAUGGUUUUGUUUUGUCUUUUGGGUUUUAUUGUGCAUGAAAUACUUGGACUCUAAACAAUGUUUGUAUUCCUGAAUGUUUUCUGAGGCAAGUCUUCAGCCGGCGGCGUCGCUGUACAGCGUUAGCUUCACACAAAAAAACAAAUAUUUUGUUGGAAUUAUUUUUCACCUUUUAUUCAGAGGAACAGCCCAACAGUUUGAGACAUUGUGUUUUCUGUAAAUCUAGAGUUUAUUGAUGGCAUGUUAUUCCCUCUUUGGUUGAUCCAGGCUCCAGUUUUUUCUGCUAAGCUAACAUACGCUAAGCUAAACUAAUGUUUGACGGUUCCUUUCAUAUUUAUUAUUUGAAUUUAAUGUUUUUCCCUCUGAUGUUACAUUAUCUACAGAUGUCAGAUCUAUUUUCUGUUAUGAGAUUUAGAUGCAUCUCAUAUUUACAGUCUUCUGAUGUAAUGAGAUACUAGUCUCAUUUUUAUCAUAAAUUUGCCACAAUUCAUUAUUAUCUGAGUUUAUUAUAAAUACUGUCUCUAAUGCGUAAAGUUCUUGUAAAUAUGAGAUUCAGUUUUUGGUGUUAGUGUAAUUAAUCUCAUAAUUAUAUGACUUUAUCUUAUAUUUUUGAGAAAAUAUUUAAUAAUUAACAGAAUCCUGUCCUUUACUAUGAAAUAUCUUAGACUAUAAACAUCCAAAGUCUGAAUUAGAGGUUUUAUCUCAAUAUGACUUUUUAUGUCAUAAUCACAACACAAUUUUUUGCUGAAUUAGAUGUAAAUUUCUUUGCAUUUUUGACUGAAAUCAAUAGAAAUCAGUUCCAGAAAAAUGAGAUAUCUAUGUGUUUUCUAAAAGCUGCUCAUAGAGUUUGAUCAGUAAUAUUUGAAUAUUGGUGGGUCAUGUGACGCCGCUGAGCGCUGAACACGUGGCCGUUUGUUGUGGGUCUUUGCAGCUGGAGAAUGUAAAUAGUCUGUCCUUCGUCCUGCCUGCAGACAAACUGCAGCCUCACUCUCCCAGUAAAAUUAUAUCCAACCCA